AUGGAUCAAGAAAUGUUGGAUACAUUGGUCAAGGAAUUGGAGAAGCAUCGCUUUUCCAUGGGCCAAGUUCAAGGAGUUCCCCUGCCAGGGGACACGUGUGAUGCCUGGGACACAAUAUACAACUUUCAGGCCAGAGAAGAUGAUGUCCUGGUUGCAACUUACCCCAAAGCAGGUGAGAAGAGACUCUGCACAGAUUGUAAGCUCUUCGGUGAGACGACAGCUCCCCAAUCUCUUCCUCUUGGUUCUAAUCUCUGACGAUGAAGUUCUAAUGCUCUCUCUAUUAAACACCUUGAGAUUCUUUGCCUUUAAAUUCAGACAGGAUCGCGUUACUGGAAACAAAGGUUUUUAUCACGAACCAUAAGUUUCACCAGGACAAUGAGAGAACCUGUGUAGUAUGUAUUGAAGUAUGUAUUUAUAGUAUGUAUGUACACAUAGGGCGCUGUGUGUGAUCACGAGGGUUAUGCAAAGGACUAUUAGGGAUCAAAGGUUUAAAAGACAAUCGCUAUGUUGAACUUUGCCUCAAAAUUCAUUAUUAUACAGAAUCCCCAGUGUACAUAACACACACAUGGUCAUUAACAUAGGUAAAAAAUUGAGGUAGACAUUUCUACAAAUCUAGCUGUGAAUUUAUCAGAAUUUGCCCAAGACUGGAAGGUCUAAAAAUUAAUUCUGUUGGCCACUAAGUUCCGGUGUUGGCACUAAAUAUGAGACUGAGUAGUUUAAGAAUUGUUUAAGAAAUAAUUCACAAAUGAUUCUAGAUUAUUUCCCAAAAUAAUAAUUUAAUUCAUUAAGUAUGCAUUGCAAAGAGUUAAAAAUACAUGAAAAUGAACAAGUGGAUAAACGUUUGUGGACCCCCAGACAGUAACCAGGGGUAAUCUUCCAAAAGCACCCAUCCUAUUCAAACCAUGGUGGGUAUGCAUUGUGGGAUAAUCUUGGCCUGGUCCUCCGAAUGUUGUGGUAUAGUGCUAAUUAAAUGAGUCAUAAGUCCCCGGGGUCUUUUGGUAACCGAGCAGAUGAGCUGCUGGUAGGUUCCCCAAUCUCACGUGUGGGUAAAGUUGUGACCCGAGGGUUCUGUGGCUUUUCUUGCGGAUUGAACUCAGACUCUGUUCUACAGUCAAACUCCACGUGCAGCAAGAUAUGGUGAACAUAAACCUGUGUAUCUUCCAAGCGUCAUCCAAUAUACAGUACGUGUCCGCUCCAUAUGUGCCUUUCAGAUAUUAAUUGUCUGUCUCUCUGUCCGUCCAUCCAUCCAAAAUCUCAUUCAAUCUAUACGCAGCACCAUACCUAGGCCCAUGUCUUCAUAUUAGUGGAGCAGUUACCUGAUAUUGUACUUUAUUCCACGAUCACAUUCAGCCGUGGGAUAAACAUAAAUCAUAAUGAAACUGAUAUCUGUGGGAUGAUUAAAAUCCUAUUCAUUUGAGAUUUCUUACUCUGAGUGAAACUCCUAAUUAUCAUACCGGGAAGAAUAAAUGCAAAUAUUUCUUUUCUCCGUCUAAAUCUCCUCUGUUUGACCUAAAUCCGCCUUCUGCGCCCUGUGAUUCCUUAAUGCCUUCAUUAUACCUCUUUAAAGUUCUCCGUUACCAGUCAGGUUAAAGAUGCUAAAGAUAUGAAACACAAAACCUGAGCUAUCCUUCCUGGGUGCAAGCAGUUCAGACUUGUCCUGAUUAAUGCGCAAUUAGCUCUCACUGAUAGUAUAUCCCCUGCCAUUGCUGUUGGGUGACAGCGAAACAUUGGAAGACGUGCGUGUAUGUGUGGCCAUUUUUAUUUAUUGAAUACACAUUUAUAUAAUGAACAAAACAUAGAAAUGGCUGAUAUGACCUUGGUAGCGCCUUCCAUAUUUCCGUUUGUGUUUUGAUGAUGAUUUUAUUUAUAUUACAUUGCUUUAAAAAGGAAAAAUGAUGUCAUGUUUGCAGGGACCACAUGGGCUCAAGAAAUUCUGGACCUGAUUCUUCAGGAGGGUGACGCAAAGAAAGCCAUGCGGGCCCCGUGCUUUAUGAAAGUGCCAUUUAUUGACCUCUUUCCACCGAAGCCCAUGACUUCUGGUAAUAGAAUACAGCUUCUUUUAAAAUGACUGUACCUUUAAAACGUAUCUGGGCUGUGCAUUAUGAAAAACUGGGACAAAAGUUCGAAAUGUAGAGCAGUUACCAUGGAAACCACAUAGACAUUAUAUGUUUCCGCUAGGCUGUGACAUUCUGCCCCCAAUUGCUCCAUAAGCCCAAGAACCCAAGAACUUGCAGCUAAAACCAUAUUGACUCACAGUUUGGGUUUAUUCUACACCAGCAAUGGACAGCCUUCAGAACUGCACCUGACAAUGAUUUCAAAAUCCGAAAAUCCCAUCAUGUGCAAAAUAACUAUUUUUAGCUGUUUUCUGAGAAUCACACUCGAUCCAUCAACACACAUUCAUUGAUUAGAAUUUCUCGAGGAAAUAAGAUUGUCGGGAGCUGAACAAUGAUUGAUAGGCAGUCAUUUAAAGGUAUUAGAGUGAUACAGUCCUGCAGAAUUUACUGUUUCUAUACUAUUAUAUCCAAAUGAUCUAUUGAUUGGCUUAACGUCCUGCCAAGGACCCCAGAUAGCCGCACAAAUAUAGUGUGUGCGCCCCCUGACCCAGCAUCAUUUUCACUUAGACUAUAUCACAUGGUGAGAAAUUCAGCUACGUGUGAGACAGUCAUUUCAUUAUCUUUUACUGUAUGAGGAUUCCGCGGUUAUACAGAAAGUAGAUAAUAAGAGAGGUAAACAGACAUGGAAUAGGAUAUUAUCUGUAUUUCUCUGUUGUAGGACUUGACCUUGCAAAUGCAAUGACGUGCCAACGUUUAAUAAAAACUCACCUUCCUAUACAGCUGAUUCCUCCCUCUUUCUGGGAAAAGAAUGCAAAGGUAAGUGGUCAGGGACAACUGCGUGUAAGGUGCAACAUCUAAGACUUCAUUAUAACUCCUCCUAUUACUUCCUAUGUCCCUCCCUAUAACUCCUCCUAUUACUCCAUAUAACCUCUCUAUAACCCCUCCUAUUACUUCCUAUGUCCCUCCCUAUAACCCCUCCAAUUACUCCAUAUAACCUUCCCUAUAACUCCUCCUAUUACUCCAUAUAACCCUCCCUAUAACUCCUCCUAUUACUCCAUAUAACCCUCCCUAUAACUCCUCCUAUUACUCCAUUACUAACCCUCCCUAUAACUCCUCCUAUCACUCAAUAUAACCCCUCCUAUUACUCCAUAUAACCUCCCUAUAACUCCUCCUAUUACUCCAUAUAACCCUCCCCAUAACUCCUCCUAUUACCCCAUAUAACCCUCCCUAUAACCCCCUAUUGCUCCAUAUAACCUCCCUAUAACUCCUCCUAUUACUCCAUAUAACCCUCCCUAUAACUCCUCCUAUUACUCCAUAUAACCCUCCCUAUAACUCCUCCUAUUACUCCAUAUAACCCAUAUAACUCCCUAUAACUCCUCCUAUUACUCCAUAUAACCCUCCCAUAACUCCUCCUAUUACUCCAUAUAACCUCCUAUUACCCUAUAACUCCUCCUAUUACUCCAUAUAACCCUCCCUAUAACUCCUCCUAUUACUCCAUAUAACCCUCCCUAUAACUCCUCCUAUUACUCCAUAUAAUCCUCCCUAUAACUCCUCCUAUUACUCCAUAUAACCCUCCCUAUAACCCUCCUAUUACUCCAUAUAACCUCCCUAUAACUCCUGUUACUCCAUAUAACCCUCCCUAUAACUCCUCCUAUUACUCCAUAUAACCUCCCUAUAACUCCUCCUAUUACUCCAUAUAACCUCCAUAUAACUCAUCCUAUUACUCCAUAUAACUCCUCCUAUUACUCCUAUUACUAUUCCUCCUAUUACUCCUAUAACUCCUCCCUAUAACUCCUCCUAUUACUCCAUAUAACCUCCCUAUAACCCCUCCUAUUACUCCAUAUAACCCUCCCUAUAACCCCUCCUAUUACUCCAUAUAACCUCUCUAUAACCCCUCCUAUUACUCCAUAUAACCCUCCAUAUAACUCCUCCUAUUACUCCAUAUAACCCUCCCUAUAACUCCUCCUAUUACUCCAUAUAACCCUCCAUAUAACUCAUCCUAUUACUCCAUAUAACUCCUCCUAUUACUCCCUAUUACCCUCCCUAUAACUCCUCCUAUUACUCCAUAUAACCUCCCUAUAACCCCUCCUAUUACUCCAUAUAACCCUCCCUAUAACUCCUCCUAUUACUCCAUAUAACCUCCCUAUAACCCCUCCUAUUACUCCAUAUAACCCUCCCUAUAACUCCUCCUAUUACUCCAUAUAACCCUCCCUAUAACCCCUCCUAUUACUCCAUAUAACCCUCCCUAUAACCCCUCCUAUUACUCCAUAUAACCUCCCUAUAACUCCUCCUAUCACUCCAUAUAACCCUCCCUAUAACUCCUCCUAUUACUCCAUAUAACUCCUCCUAUUACUCCAUAUAACUCCCUAUAACUCCUCCUUUUACUCCAUAUAACCCUCCCUAUAACUCCUCCUAUUACUCCAUAUAACCCUCCCUAUAACUCCUCCUAUUACUCCAUAUAACUCCUCCUAUUACUCCAUAUAACUCCCUAUAACCCCUCCUUUUACUCCAUAUAACCCUCCCUAUAACCCCUCCUUUUACUCCAUAUAACCCUCCCUAUAACUCCUCCUAUUACUCCAUAUAACCCUCCCUAUAACUCCUCCUAUUACUCCAUAUAACCCUCCCUAUAACCCCUUCACUUUCGCCAUUUCCCGUGCAGGUUGAUGAUGUUAUAUAGUAUAAUACAGUCACAUUUCUCCUCCUGCAGGUUGUAUACGUUGCUAGGAAUGCCAAGGACUGUAUGGUUUCCUACUAUUUCUUCCAGAAGAUGAAUAAAGGUCUCCCGGAACCCGGGACCUGGGAUAAUUACUUCUCAUCCUUCCUUUCUGGAGAAGGUGAGUGGGCAGAGGGUCUUUGUGUUGAUUCUGAUUUAUCUGUCUGAAUUCGGAGCCAGACUUGCUAUCAGACCUUCUAAUAAGGUCCUAUUCAUUUAUUGUUUAAUUUAUUUACAUUACACAUGGAGUCGUAAUGUUUAUCUGCUCAUCAUCUACAGAUUCUGUGAGACAGAUUGAGGUCUGGGUAGGGGGGUUAUAACCAAUCAAAAUGAUAGAACAGAUACAUACUUUAAAAGUUACUAAACGUUUGGCAAAUCCCUACGCAUUAUUCUAUUACUGAACUCUGUCCACACCAGGAAGUGGAUUGGCCAAUCAGAAGCACCACUUUCUGGUCUAUGGUGUCUGAACUGUUGGACAUGAUUAACCCAGCACUGCAAGAGGUGAAGUGUGGAAGGGUAAGAGCCAACCAGCUCGGUUCUGCUCAGAGCAAAGCUUUCUGUUGUUUGGGAUCCAGGGAUCAUCUUUCUAUUUAUGAUAGCUGUUAUUGGAAUUACAUCUCCCAGAAUAUUUCUCUACAAUCCCCGAUGAAAUGUCCAACUGUUUUAUUGCACACUGUUUGUUGGAACGGAGUGAGAGAAAGGGGCUGAAUACUGGUGCAGGAAUCAGUGGGAAUUAAAUAUUUGAGAAUAAAGGGAAUGUGGCAGAAAUGGCAGGUUAAUGUUGCAAAAAUAUUUAUUCUGCAAAUAGUCUACAGAAUUAUGUAUGCAGAAACAGUCAAUUAUGUGGCUAAAAGCUAUGAUCAGUACCAGUUGAACCUAGAUUAAAGUUUAAAGAUCAGAUUGGGAAACUUUAUGAAUAAACAAAGUUACAACUGUAAACUGUAUUGAAAUUAGAGAGAUUUACUAACAAAACCUAUCAGAAAGUUUUAAGCAUUGACUAUUAAAUGUUAAAGGAACACUAUAGGGUCAGGAACACAAACAUGUAUUCCUGAUCCUUUUUUGUUAAAACCACCAUCUAGCCCCCUCUCUCCCAAGAUCUCUCCUUGCCCCCUAAAUAAAGUAAAAUUUGACCUUUAUUCCAGUCUGCUGCUGCUGGCUUUGCCCCUGAUCUGCUUCCUUGGCUGACAUCAUCAAAAAUGAUGGUCAAAAGCCAAUCACAAUGCUUUCCCAUAGGUCUGGAUUGGCUGAGAUUGUCAAUUUUGAUUAUCUCAGCCAAGGAGGUGGUCCGGAGGUGGAGCCAAAUGCUGUUCUUGCUAAUCAGCAUUUUCUCAUAGAGAUGCAUUGAAUCAAUGCAUCUCUAUGAGGAAAGUUAAGUGUCUGCAUGCAGGGAGUGGAGACACUGAAUAUCAGUCACACUGUGCAGCACGGCCCCAGGAAGCACCUUUAGCAGCCAUCUAAGGAGUGGCCAGUGGAGGUCCCUAGGCUGUAAUGUAAACACUGCAUUAUCUCUAAAACAAAUACCCUGCAGGGACUCUCUAUACUCACCAAAACAACAACAUUAAGCUGUAUACUAUACAUUAAGCUGUAGUUGUUCUGGUGACUAUAGUGUCCCUUUAAGUUUAAUUGCAGACUUUAGUGUAAUACAUUUUAAAAUCUAUUCAUGAUGGUCAAUGGUGAAUGUCAGGGCUUUCUUAGAUUUUAUAGCUCACUACUCCAUUUAUUUGAGUAUUAAAAUGACGGUAACAUUCUACAGGCCAUGUUCACACAGACAGUCGGUGACAGAACUGAAGAUCAUACGUUUUCCUUUUAUUGUUCCCUGGGGAAGCUGAUUUGACCAUGUUAAGUAAGUCAGUGGUGGCAUUGAGUCAUGUAAUCUUUGUUCUUUCUUGUAGUUCCCUGGGGAAGCUGGUUUGACCAUGUAAUUGGCUGGUGGAAAGCAAGAGACAAACAUCAGAUACUCUACGUCUUCUAUGAGGACAUGAUUGAGGUAUAGAUGGCAAUUAUAGAAAAAAGGUUGAGUAUUAAAAAUAAAUAAACAAACAAACAAAUAUUACCCUAAAUCCCUUAUGUAACCAGGACCCAAUGCGUGAGAUUCGCAGAAUGGUCAAGUUUCUCAGCAAGGAUCUAUCUGAAGAUGUUUUGGAGACAAUCAAACACCACACAUCCUUCCAGGCCAUGAAGAAUAAUCCAAUGACCAAUUUCAGUGUGCUUCCUUCGGUUGUGUUUGAUCAGUCCAUCUCAGCAUUUAUGAGGAAAGGUAUUUAUUCUACGAACACAGAUGGUUAUUUUAUUCCAUGCAUCAGAUGUUAUUUCACUCUAACCACUCUAGUUUAAAUCACAGGGAUUUCUUGAAUUACUGGAGUAGAAUAUUUCUUUUUUUCUUUUAAAUAUUUUGCAGUAAAAACAUCAGUACAUAAGUUAUCCUGGCUCCCCAAUGUUCUCUGACCCCUUAACACCCAUUUCUUCUUCCAGGAACUGUUGGAGACUGGAAGAAUCAUUUCACAGUUGCCCAGAACAAUGUAUUUGAUGAAGAAUACAAAAAGAAGAUGGAAGGACAAGACCUGACCUUUCGUAUGGAACUAUGAGGCAUAAACACUAGCAGAACUGUUUUUAUAAACAAUGCUUUAUAAAUUAAACAAUUAAAUAAAUUGUAAUUUUUCAGACUCACAGAGCUUUGCCAUCACUGCUAAAUAUUUCCGGUUACAUCCAUACAUGAGGAAAUCCCACAGCCGCAUUUCUUACUAUUGUACCUAACCCCAGCACUCUUGGACCAAUAGGAAGACUAUUAUGGAUCUUGUAUGGCCAACUAUUUUAUACCUGCAACGCUCGUCUACCUCAGCCAGCAGUGGCCCCUCUAUAUCAGGGAACAGGAGUAUCCCACAUUAUCUGUGAUAGUUAAACGUUUUAAUAAGGUUCCUUUAUACCACUACUGGCUCCAACUUACAGAGUUAUUUACUAACUCGAGAAUUCAAAGUGAACUUAAAAUUUAAAGCCAGAGUUGCCCAUCUGAAAGCAAAGCUAACUUUGACAUUUUGAGAUUCACGUCUAUUCCUUGAUUUGGUGAAUAACCCUGUCAAUAUUUUUGGAUUUGCUUUACAAAUGAUUUAAUAUUGUUGGAUAAACUAUUAAAAUUAGUGUGGAUAUAUUUUAUAUUGUGAAAAAAAUCAUUUUAAAAGUUAAUUCAAAAACAUUAAAUUAGGGCCAUUGUCUUUAAUCUGUCUGAUAUGUCAUUAUAUUGCAUAUUUCGUAUUAUUACAUUCUAUUCAUUGUAUAUAUUAGGACUAUAGUAUGAGCUUUUUAGUUUUCGGUUGGGGUACUUUUCUCAGUGAUAUUUGGUUUAAACACUGAGUUAUCUUUCUGUGACAGAGCGAAGUUUGAUGGGACAUAGUAGACGUGGCUCAAAGAAGAUCUUUAAUCCAUCCACAAUUCUAUAUGUAUAAAUCGAUAUAUAAAUAUAUUGAUAAAUGUUAUAUAUUAAUAAAGUGCAUAAAGGUGCUCCAACCGAGAGUGCAAAUAUGAGUAUAAAGUGCCCUAAUAUAAAGUGCUAUAAAUAUUUUUUCCUUUGAUAUAUUGUAUCAGAAUUUAUGCCUAAAGAGAAGCAAAUCAAAAUAAUACAUUAAAAUAAAUUAAUUAAAAAGUAAAACAUAUAAAUAGUAAAAACCAAAUAAGUUAUGUUUAAAGUUUCCACUGUUAAAGGUGCACUGUCUGUCUGCACUGUCUGUCUGCAGCUCCCGGAGGUCCCUCCGAUAACAGGACAAAAAUCUUCUCCCAUAAACCCAUGCACAGUCGAGUUUAUCCCAGUUUAUCUGCUAUCAGUUUAUACUGUUUAGUAAAUCAGACAAUGUGCAGCUAUCGGCAGAGCUGUGGUCUCCAGCGUCUUGGAGUAGAGAGAGCUCAGAACAAGUUGAACAAAUAUGAGGCAUCUGGUUACUCGGCAUUCUUAAGCCAAGCUGCCAAUGGCUGCAAGGUGCUUUACGCACAAUACCCCAUGCAAUUAUGCAACCUUGUGAUGCUUUAACACUGUAACAUUUUACCAGGUAGGGUUCUGAUUGCAUUUGAGACAUCAGUUUGGUAUUUUUCUAAUGAGAAAUGACUAAAGGACUUGACCUAGACGGUAAACUCGUUUGAGCAGGGUCCUCUUAAACCUAUCGUUCCUGUAAGUUUUCUUGUAAUUGUCCUAUUUAUAGCUAAAUCCCCCCUCAUAAUAUUGUAAAGCGCUACGGAAUCUGUUGGCACUAUAUAAAUGACAAUAAUAAUAAUAAUACCUUCUAUCAGAGUAAGGUCUGAUCAUUACAUUGAUGCUUAUGUACUACAUUGUGAAUUGACUAUGGAAUACUAAUAUGUCACCUUAAAAAGAGACAAAGUACAAGAAAUCGCAGCUGGUUUUCCAGUUUGGCAACUUUUUUUUUUGUUUUUUUGUUUUAUUCUUUAUUUAUGGUUCAUUUUGUUUUAUGCAGUUUGGUAUACAGGGUCUGGGUUACAGAAAAGAAAUUGUGGCGGGGUAGAUAACGGUAAUGCACAGUUAUACAGUCCCAACUUUCCCUUCCAUUUCGUGUUCUCUGUUUUUACAAUCACACAGUUACCCGUUACAUAUGCAGGGAUGGCAUAGGCUGGAAUCGUACAUAUCUUUCAGUAGUAUGAGGAAGAGAUACUUUUUUAUUUUUAAAUGUCCAUGUUUCAUGUUCACAAUGUGACUUCUAUCUUUAAUUGGUUACUCUAACCAAAAAACUUUUAAGAAAAAAAAAUGUGUUUUUUUGUUGAAGUAACCCAUAUCCUGAUCCCCAGGGACAAAGUUAGAACAUUCUAAAAAGCAUAAACCUACUUGCCUUUCAGAACUGAGGCCAAGUUCUCCCCUCCGCCCAAUCCUCCUUUGCUGAUGUCACUCCCUCUAGUUCAGAACCGGCUGACGGGAGGACAGUGGUGGCAUGGGAGUGGGGAGCAUGACAUCAUUGCCUGACUUGCCAUCAUGCUGUAUGUGCUGUCGACAGACACCGUAUGUGCCCAGAAUUGAUAUAAGUCACCCAGAAGUCUUGUUCUGGGCUGGCUAAUGACACAACAAUGAUAUUUGGGUCUGCAGGAAAGGAAAUGCUGCAGUUAUUUAGUAAGAACAUAAUUAUUCACUAAAAUGUGAAUUAAUGUAAAUUCAGAGAGAGAAUUUCACGUUCGGUCAAAGCAGUCAAAUAUGAAAACGUUCUUCAAGUCAUUUACUUUUAAAUUCCUGACAAUUCACAUCUUAAUGAAUAACCAUGUCAGGAUAAUUCAGUAAAAUGUUUUGAGAACUGACAAAAGAAUGCAAAUUUAGGUGUAAAAACCGCAGUUUGGGCUUUUUUGCAGUUUUACUAUUUUGGCCUAAGUCCCCCUAAGAUUAGAAAUUUCUUUGCCAGUUCUCCACAAUUCCUAGUUUAGGGUAUAUUCUACCAUUCUCCCAAGUAUAUAGAAAUAGUGAAUGCACGAGCAAUCUGUUAAGGUUUUAUAUAUAAUUAAUUUACCUUAACGGAACAGUAAGCGCAGUCCUAGAUCUGUCCAGUCCACUCACUCAGGAUAUAUACAAUAUACUUAGCAUGGCGAGAGGAGAGAGGGAAUCUGCAGCAGGCAAACUGUUUUUAUUUUAUUAUCAGUAAAAGAAACUUGGGCGUUAUCAGCCCAUGUGAUUGAGAAAGUCUUGGGGCCUCUCACAGGGCAGGGGUUAUACAUUUAAAGAUCUAUGUAGGACACAUGUUUACGUUUAAAUGCACACACGCCUAUGGGGUUUAGAACCAACAACAGAGUCCAUGUCUUCACUAUUAACAAAUUACUAGUGAAAAAAAGACCCUUAUUGACCUUUCCAUGCUAGCUUCUGUCUCUGGUGAAUAACAAUUUAUUGAAUAGGAUAGGACAAAGCCAUCAAUAUUGGGAAUAUCAUAUCUUCUGUUUCCGAUUCGAGAUUUGUAUUUCGUUUAACGUAUUUGCCUUUAUCCAUGUAAACAUUUGUUAGUGAUUACUAUUAAUCGUGGGUUGUCUUCUUCUGGAAGUAUUAGUGUCAAUAUGGAGUGGAGGCAGCUUUAACCCCUUCAUUGCCAAUGAGUUGUGAAUAUGGUGAUGAAAACAAGAGAUUUGCAUUACUUUUGCCAGUUUGGCAACUUGAACCUUAAUUUUGGGAUACAAUGCCCGGCAUUCUCACUGCAAUUCAUUUUGUAUUCAAUGAGGCCAAGUCGUCAGUCUAACACAGCAGCAUGGUAAAAUUAGAAAAUUGGAAAAAAGUCAACACAAACUGUGAAAAAAUGUCCUUGGUUCUGAAGUGGCAAUCAGAUUUCUCCCGGCAUUAUCAAUCCGUUACCCUCUAUAUUAUAUCCUUCUUACAUCAUUAUUAUUAUAACCUUGUAUAUUCUGUUCUUCCAAAAGAGUAUCCAGACAUCGUUUAAAACUCUGUACAGAUUUUGAUAAGACGACUGUUAGGCAGAGAAUUCUGUUCUCACUGUAACUAACCCUUUCCUCUGCUGUAGGUGAAAUCUCCUUGUUAUGCAUACCCUAUUUUAACCCCCUUAAGGACUGAGCCAAAUGUACAUGUUGUGAAUGAAACAAAAUGUAAACAAAACCUGGCAUUUGCGCUACAUGUCUGUCCAACCGUAAUUCACCUCUUUCAUAGUAAAUGCACCCACCCUUAUUAUAUAUCAUUUUAUUCAGGGAAAACAGGGCUUUCAUUUAAUAUCAAAUAUUUAGCUAUGAAACAUAAUUUAAUAUGAAAAAAAUGGGAUAAAAUAAGAUUUUUUAAAUUUUUUUAGUUCUACAUGACAUUUUAACUGUCAAUGUCAUAAUACUGUUUGCUUUUACUGCAAUAAAAUACACAUAUUUGUAUUCAGCAAAGUCUCACGUGUAAAACAGUACCCCCUAUGUACAGGUUUUAUGGCGUUUUGGGAAGUUACAGGGUCAAAUAUAGCACGUUACAUUUGAAAUUGAAAUUCGCCAGAUUGGUUACGUUGCCUUUGGGACUUUAUAGUAGCCCAGGAAAGAAAUUUACACCCAUAAUGGCAUAUCAUUUGCAAUAGUAGACAACCCAAGGUAUUGCAAAUGGGGUAUGUCCAGUCUUUUUUAGUAGCCAUUUGGUCACAAACACUGGCCAAAGUUAGCGUUAGUAUUUGUUUGUGUGUGAAAAAUGCAAAAAACGCCAAUUUUGGCCAGUGUUUGUGACUAAGUGGCUACUAAAAAAGACUGGACAUACCCUGUUUGCAAUACCUUGGGUUGUCUACUAUUGCAAAUGGUAUGCCAUCAUAGGGGUAAUUUUCAUUCUUGGGCUACCAUAGGGUCUCAAAGGCAACGUAACCAAUCUGGCGAAUUUUAAUGUGAAAAAAAUGAAACACAAGCCUUAUAUUUGACGCUGUAACUUUUGAAAACACCAUAAAACCUGUACAUGAGGGGUACUGUUGUACUCGGGAGACUUCGCUGAACACAAAUAUUUGUGUUUCAAACCAGUAAAAAGUAUCGCAGCAAUAAUAUUGUCCGUGUAAGUGCUGUUUGUGCGUGAAAAAUGCAAAAAACUUCACUUUUACUGGCGAUAUCAUCGUUGUAAUACAAUUUACUGUUUUGAAACACUAAUAUUUGUGUUCAGCGAAGUCCCCCGAGUAGAACAGUACCCCCCAUGUACAGGUUUUAUGGUGUCUUGGAAAGUUAUAGGGUUAAAUAUAGUGCUAGCAAAUUAAAUUCCCUUUACUUUCAGCAUGGGUUGUCAGGCAGGUCCCGCUAAUUGUAAUUAAUUAAGAUACCCAAUUAUGUAAAAAUAUUACAUAAAUAUAUAUGUAGAAUUAAUAUAUGUAUAUAUAUACUUAUGUGAAUAUAUAUGUAUAUAUAAUUUUUUUUAAAUAUUUUUAUUUAUAUAUAGGUAUAUUUAUAGUGAUAUAUACGUAUAUAUUUAUGUAUAUAGAUAUAUAUAUUAUUUCGUUCUACGUGUAUUUUGAUAUAAAUAUAUAUAUAUAUUAAUAUCACAAUACAGUUAGAACGAAAUAACACACAUCUAUAUAUUUUUAAAUUAUUUUUUAAUUAUUUUUUAAUUUUAUUUUUUAACGUAUUUACAUAUUACAAUUUUUUAUAUUAUAUAUAAAUAUAUAUAUAACAAUAAUUAUAUAUAUAUAUUUAAUCAGUAUCAGUCUAUGUGUAAUUUGAUAUUAAUAUAUAUAUAUAUAUAUAUAUAUAACUAUAUAUAUAGUAAUAGUAAAAUACACCUAGACAGUGUAUGUGUGUGUAUGUAUAUGUGUAUAUAUAUAUACUUAGUUCAUAUAUAUAUAUAAUAUAUAUAUAUGAUCUAAGCAUAUAUUAUUAUUUUUUUUACACUUUUUAAUUUAUUUGAUUUUAUUUUCAGCCAGCAGGGGGACCACCUGUCAUUACAGGCAACCCCCCUGCUGGCAAUGCUGCAGCCAGCUAUCCCGGCCAUGUGAUUGUGAGGUCCUCGCAAGCACCUCACUCUCACAUGGCCGGGGGUUGCAGGAGGAAGAUCUGCUGCGGGGGUGCUCCCUGGGAGUCCCACCCACCGCGAUCGCCGGGUAAGUAAGGAAAGACCGGAGGGCGUACUAUUACGCCCGGCGGCGUUUAGAGCCGCCUAAAAUAGGGCGUAAUAGUACGCCCUCCGGUCUUAAGGGGUUAACACAUCCUACAUUGCAUUAAAAAUAUGUAAAGAUUAAAACUUAACUUUUGUUAGUAAAUAGAAUAAAAAUGUGGAUGUCAGGGACAACUGCCAUGUCAGAUGGUUGCACGGCAAGUGAGCUGCAUGGAAACCAUGUUAAAGGAUAGGAUUGUUGAACAUCUAAAAACACAUGGAUUUCAAGAUCAGAGACAACAUGGGUUUACUUCAGGGAGAUCAUGCAAAACUAAUCUUAUUGAUUUUUUUGAUAAGGUAACUAAAAUUAUAGAUCAGGGUGGUGCAGUAGACAUUGCUUACCUAGAUUUCAGUAAGGCUUUUGACACUGUGGCACAUAGAAGGCUUAUCAAUAAACUGCAAUCUUUAAGUUUGGAUUCCAAUAUUGUUGAAUGGGUAAGGCAGUGGAUGAGUAACAGGCAACAGAGGGUUGUAGUUAAUGGAAUAUAUUCGAAGCUUGGACUUGUCACCAGUGGGGUACCUCAGGGAUCUGUACUUGGACCCAUUCUCUUUAAUAAUUUUAUUAGUGAUAUUGCAGAAGGUCUUGAUGGUAAGGUAUGUCUUUUUGCUGAUGAUACUAAGAUAUGUAACAGGGCUGAUGUUCCAGGAGGGAUAAGCCAAAUGGCAAAUGAUUUAGGUAAACUAGAAAAAUGGUCAGAGUUGUGGCAACUGACAUUUAAUGUGGAUAAGUGCAAGAUAAUGCAUCUUGGACGUAAAAACCCAAGGGAAGAGUACAGAAUAUUUGAUAGAGUCCUAACCUCAACAUAUGAGGAAAGGGAUUUAGGAGUGAUUAGUUCUGAUGACUUAAAGGUAGACAGACAAUGUAAUAGAGCAGCAGGAAAUGCUAGCAGAAUGCUUGGUUGUAUAGGGAGAGGUAUUAGCAGUAGAAAGAGGGAAGUGCUCAUGCCAUUGUACAGAACACUGGUGAGACCUCACUUGGAGUAUUGUACACAGUACUGAGACCGUAUCUUCAGAAGGAUAUUGAUACCUUAGAGAGGGUUCAGAGAAGGGCUACUAAACUGGUUCAUGGAUUGCGGGAUAAAACUUACCAGGAAAGGUUAAAGGAUCUUAACAUGUAUAGCUUGGAGGAAAGACGAGACAGGGGGGAUAUGAUAGAAACAUUUAAAUAUAUAAAGGAAUCAACACAGUAAAGGAGGAGACUAUAUUUAAAAGAAGAAAAACUACCACAACAAGAGGACAUAGUCUUAAAUUAGAGGGACAAAGGUUUAAAAAUAUCAGGAAGUAUUACUUUACUGAGAGGGUAGUGGAUGCAUGGAAUAGCCUUCCAGCUGAAGUGGUAGAGGUCAACACAGUAAAGGAGUUUAAGCAUGCGUGGGAUAGGCAUAAGGCUAUCCUAACUAUAAGAUAAGGCCAGGGACUAAUGAAAGUAUUUAGAACAUUGGGCAGACUAGAUGGGCCGAAUGGUUCUUAUCUGCCGUCACAUUCUGUGUUUCUAUGUUUCUAUGUUUCUAUUUGGAAGCUACCUGGCUCUAUUUUUGAUGAAUAACCACUGUGUUGACUACAGGGAGUGCAGAAUUAUUAGGCAAAUGAGUAUUUUGACCACAUCAUCCUCUUUAUGCAUGUUGUCUUACUCCAAGCUGUAUAGGCUCGAAAGCCUACUACCAAUUAAGCAUAUUAGGUGAUGUGCAUCUCUCUAAUGAGAAGGGGUGUGGUCUAAUGACAUCAACACCCUAUAUCAGGUGUGCAUAAUUAUUAGGCAACUUCCUUUCCUUUGGCAAAAUGGGUCAAAAGAAGGACUUGACAGGCUCAGAAAAGUCAAAAAUAGUGAGAUAUCUUGCAGAGGGAUGCAGCACUCUUAAAAUUGCAAAGCUUCUGAAGCGUGAUCAUCGAACAAUCAAGCGUUUCAUUCAAAAUAGUCAACAGGGUCGCAAGAAGCGUGUGGAAAAACCAAGGCGCAAAAUAACUGCCCAUGAACUGAGAAAAGUCAAGCGUGCAGCUGCCACGAUGCCACUUGCCACCAGUUUGGCCAUAUUUCAGAGCUGCAACAUCACUGAGUGCCCAAAAGCACAAGGUGUGCAAUACUCAGAGACAUGGCCAAGGUAAGAAAGGCUGAAAGAAGACCACCACUGAACAAGACACACAAGCUGAAACGUCAAGACUGGGCCAAGAAAUAUCUCAAGACUGAUUUUUCUAAGGUUUUAUGGACUGAUGAAAUGAGAGUGAGUCUUGAUGGGCCAGAUGGAUGGGCCCGUGGCUGGAUUGGUAAAGGGCAGAGAGCUCCAGUCCGACUCAGACACCAGCAAGGUGGAGGUGGAGUACUGGUUUGGGCUGGUAUCAUCAAAGAUGAGCUUGUGGGGCCUUUUCGGGUUGAGGAUGGAGUCAAGCUCAACUCCCAGUCCUACUGCCAGUUCCUGGAAGACACCUUCUUCAAGCAGUGGUACAGGAAGAAGUCUGCAUCCUUCAAGAAAAACAUGAUUUUCAUGCAGGACAAUGCUCCAUCACACGCGUCCAAGUACUCCACAGCGUGGCUGGCAAGAAAGGGUAUAAAAGAAGAAAAUCUAAUGACAUGGCCUCCUUGUUCACCUGAUCUGAACCCCAUUGAGAACCUGUGGUCCAUCAUCAAAUGUGAGAUUUACAAGGAGGGAAAACAGUACACCUCUCUGAACAGUGUCUGGGAGGCUGUGGUUGCUGCUGCACGCAAUGUUGAUGGUGAACAGAUCAAAACACUGACAGAAUCCAUGGAUGGCAGGCUUUUGAGUGUCCUUGCAAAGAAAGGUGGCUAUAUUGGUCACUGAUUUGUUUUUGUUUUGUUUUUGAAUGUCAGAAAUGUAUAUUUGUGAAUGUUGAGAUGUUAUAUUGGUUUCACUGGUAAUAAUAAAUAAUUGAAAUGGGUAUAUAUUUGUUUUUGUUAAGUUGCCUAAUAAUUAUGCACAGUAAUAGUCACCUGCACACACAGAUAUCCCCCUAACAUAGCUAUAACUAAAACAAACUAAAAACUACUUCCAAAAAUAUUCAGCUUUGAUAUUAAUGAGUUUUUUGGGUUCAUUGAGAACAUGGUUGUUGUUCAAUAAUAAAAUUAAUCCUCAAAAAUACAACUUGCCUAAUAAUUCUGCACACCCUGUAUAUUGUUGUUGUACACCGGGAUGACCUAUGUGGCUUUUACCCACUGUUCGUGUUUGGUAUUGGGGCCUAGUCGGGGCCUGGCUCGGGUAGGCAGCUGAUCCAUCGCCUUGUACCUGACACAUCUGGGUGCGGAAGAUAUUCCUUGGGUCUGUUUAGACAAGUGGGGUGAUCCUGGGCCUCAAAGUGUAUCUGCUAGUCUGGGUGAUGGAUUAUACCUUGAAACUGAGGCACAUUGCAGUGUGUUUGAAAAUGGCCGACCACUUGCAUAUACCAGUUUUCAGCAUUGCAGUUGGGGACUAUAUUGUCCAAAUGUAUGUAUGAAGUUCUGGGCAAAGUUGCAUCAGCAAUUGCUCCUCCUUGCUUUCUAGAUGAAAGUAAAUGACAACACAGAUGGCAUUGCCGAUCGGCAGCUCCUGACAUAUAUACUGACACUUUCAUGUUCCAACUACCCUCCCAGGAUGAGAGCCGGUUGGGGUAUGCCUCAUUUGUGGAGGACCACUCAGAGGUGACGCCGUAGUCUUUGGUUUCAAUACCUAAACAGACCCUCUGGGGGAAGAAUUCGAGCACUAUCAGUCGUUCGACUCAUGGUGACUCAUGUUGGCUCCCUUUCAGGUUAAGGGCUGAUGUGCUGCUACUACUACCUGGCAUCACUGUCAUGCUCUGUUCAGUGGGCUCUGCAAGACUAUUCUACAUAUCCCCAGCAUUGGAGUCGGCUGACUGUUGAUGGCCCUCUCUUAGACCUUAUUUUUGUGCUUUCAACUCAGCACUGUACACCCUAUUUCUGGGUGUGUUUUAAUUAAUGCUCCAGCCAUGACCAUAUUCGGGAAAGAGUGUAAGAAUAAGGAUUUCUAUUCAUAAACAGAACGUGAGAUCACGCAUUUAAACUGGAAGAAAGGAGAUUUAGUAUAAGGCAAAGGAAAGGGUUUUUUAUUGUAAGAACAAUAAGGAAGUGGAAUUCUCUGCCUGAAGAAGUGGUUUUAUCAGAGUCCGUACUGAUAUUUAAACCGCAAUUGGAUGAAUACUUAAAAAAAUGUAUAUCUAAUAAUAAAAAAAUAAUAAUAUAUAAUAUUUAGGGAUAUAUUUAAUACAAUGUCUAAACGCUAUAACUCUUGACUAACUAUGAUAUCCAUUCUGGUGUUGUAAAUAGUAUCUACAUUCUAUCUGACAUGGUAAUAAUGGCAUUGUGGUAAAAGCUACAUUGUGUGUAUUCAUAAGGUUGGUAGAAGAUUUCUGUGGAUAAAGCAAGUCUUAUGGCUUAACUGGUGUGUGUAGGUCUGUGUUUAACAUUGUAUUAUCCACUGACUUCCGGUGGAAGGGGUUUUCAAUCACUAUUUUCCCCCACCAUAACUUUCUUGCUUUGUGCUCCCAAGUAACACCAAGCUUCAAUAGCCAGCCAGUUACCAACCUCGUCCUGAUGAGUUGCAUUAACAUCGAAACACGACUGGUCCAUCAGCCUUGCAUCUCUUCCUAAAUUGUGUUUUAAAUCUGUUGUAUCCAGCAAACAGAAACUUCAGGGAAUCCAUGUUUAAAAUGGAAUAAUGAGGCAAAAAGGUGGUUCUUUGAGAGAGAGAGAAGACUUAAGAGAGAGAGAGAGAGAUGUAUUAAGGAGGUUUUGAAAUGUAAUAAGCAUGAAAAUCAGAAACAAUUAAUGAUCUCAGAUUUGCAAUAUAUUCACUCCCCGCCAGAUGACUAGACAGCCAUAUAAUUACUUUAUUACACACCUAAGGCAUGCAAGCUUCCUUAGAUAUCCAUUCUACCCAUCGGCUGUGAGUGACAUCUCGUACAGUAUUACCUACCUCUGUCCUACUUAUCCAGAUGGUCAAAGAGCACUUUAUCAGACAGGGGAGAAAACAUUAACCCUUUCUGUAUCAAGGACAUCAGACUAAAUCUAUAUAUGAUGUCAUACUGUGCAGGUCAUACUGAUGGAGAGUGUCGAUAUAUAUGAUGUCAUACGGUGCAGGUCAUACUGAUGGAGGGGGCUGCUAUAUAUGAUGUCAUACUAUGCAGGUCAUACUGAUGGAGAAUGUCGAUAUAUAUGAUGUCAUACGGUGCUGGCCAUACUGAUGGAGGGGUCUGCUAUAAAUGAUGUUGUACGUUGCAGCUCAUACUGAUGGAGGGGGCUGCUAUAUAUGAUGUCAUACGGUGCAGCGCAUACUGAUGGAGGGGGCUGCUAUAUAUGAUGUCAUACGGUGCAGCUCAUACUGAUGGAGGGGGCUGCUAUAUAUGAUGUCAUACGGUGCAGCGCAUACUGAUGGAGGGGGCUGCUAUAUAUGAUGUCAUACGGUGCAGCUCAUACUGAUGGAGGGGGCUGCUAUAUAUGAUGUCAUACGUUGCAGCUCAUACUGAUGGAGGGGGCUGCUAUAUAUGAUGUCAUACGGUGCAGCUCAUACUGAUGGAGGGGGCUGCUAUAUAUGAUGUCAUACGGUGCAGCUCAUACUGAUGGAGGGGGCUGCUAUAUAUGAUGUCAUACGGUGCAGCUCAUACUGAUGGAGGGGGCUAUAUAUGAUGUCAUGCUAUAUGUGAUGAUGUCAUACGUGCUGCAGCUGAUGGAGGGCUGCUAUAUAUGAUGUCUGUGCAGCUCAUACUGAUGGAGGGGCUGCUAUAUAUGAUGUCAUACGGUGCAGCUCAUACUGAUGGAGGGGGCUGCUAUAUAUGAUGUCAUACGGUGCAGCUCAUACUGAUGGAGGGGCUGCUAUAUAUGAUGUCAUACGGUGCAGCGCAUACUGAUGGAGGGGGCUGCUAUAUAUGAUGUCAUACGGUGCAGGUCAUACUGAUGGAGGGGACUGCUAUAUAUGAUGUCAUACGGUGCAGGUCAUACUGAUGGAGGGGGCUGCUAUAUAUGAUGUCAUACGGUGCAGGUCAUACUGAUGGAGGGGGCUGCUAUAUAUGAUGUCAUACGGUGCAGCUCAUACUGAUGGAGGGGGCUGCUAUAUAUGAUGUCAUACGGUGCAGCUCAUACUGAUGGAGGGGGCUGCUAUAUAUGAUGUCAUACGGUGCAGGUCAUACUGAUGGAGGGGGCUGCUAUAUAUGAUGUCAUACGGUGCAGCUCAUACUGAUGGAGGGGGCUGCUAUAUAUGAUGUCAUACGGUGCAGGUCAUACUGAUGGAGGGGGCUGCUAUAUAUGAUGUCAUACGGUGCAGGUCAUACUGAUGGAGGGGACUGCUAUAUAUGAUGUCAUACUGUGCAGGUCAUACUGAUGGAGAGUGUCGAUAUAUAUGAUGUCAUACGGUGCAGCUCAUACUGAUGGAGGGGGCUGCUAUAAAUGAUGUUGUACGUUGCAGCUCAUACUGAUGGAGGGGGCUGCUAUAUAUGAUGUCAUACGGUGCAGGUCAUACUGAUGGAGGGGGCUGCUAUUUAUGAUGUCAUACGGUGCAGGUCAUACUGAUGGAGGGGGCUGCUAUAUAUGAUGUCAUACGCUGCAGGUCAUACUGAUGGAGGGUGUCGAUAUAUAUGAUGUCAUACGGUGCAGUUCAUUCUGAUGGAGAGUGUCGAUAUAUAUGAUGUCACGCUGUGCAGGUCAUACUGAAGGAGAGUGUCAAUAUAUAUGAUGUCACGCUGUGCAACUCCAUCCGUUGAAGUCGUAUAUUGCCUUCUCGCUGGGUCUGACCUUCCACAUAAAGAUCUAUAGGAUUCAUGUGCAAACAUUUCUUUGUGCUUGCUCCCCAAAAGAGAAGAAGUGUGGUUGGUGGAUGUAUAACUGUCCAUGCGUGUCUCAUGCUAUGCCACCACCCAAAUGCUAAUCUCAACAAAGUGAAAUGAAAACUGUGACAAUGACUUUGGAAAGUUACAAUAAAUGUAAAUAUUAAUAUAUAGUCUAGAGGAAUAACAAGGACAUACACAGCCCCAUAGAUUCCAUAACACGGCGUCUCUCAUCCUUCUACAUUCCAUCAAACUUUCUUUUUCCCAAGCUCACAUGACGGGGCUUAGAGAAGGAGCCAAGACUUAGAAUGUGACAGUAAGGGUGUUAAUGUAGACACAGCAGGAGAGGGGACGUGUAUAAAUAGGACAACAUGUUUUUCUAAUGGGAAUAAAAAGUAAAAAAAAAAAACAUAUGCAGAAGUAGAAAUGUGAGAUGGGUCAGAGAAUAAUCUACUGCAUUAGCACAAAGAGGUAAAGAUUAAACCAUGACACAGCUAGGUGACAGGUAGUGCACCAGCUGGAGGAGCUCUAUACAUAAAUACCUUUGACACAAACUAAGAUCACAUUCUUCUCUCAACAAAACUCUCCGUUCAUGACUCGCAGCUAACCUCCAGAUUCCUGCAUGAACACAGGUGGGAUUAGUGCUGGUUGGGAUACCAAUGAGAUUCAUAAUGUCAUAUGUCAUAUUUAGAGUCUGAAAACUUUACCUAACUUUUAUGAAUGCUGGCUACAUCUGUUAUCUCAUACAAUGUCUAAAUGCUGUAACUCACCUAUGGAAUAUGCACUUAAUAUAUGAUAUCCAUUCUAUUAUUGUAAAUAGUAUCUACGUGGUAAUUAUAGCAUUGUGUUAAGAGCCAUAUUGUGUGAAGUAAUGUCAUGUUGGUAGAAGAUGAGGUGGUGUAACACUGUGUGAAGUAAUGUCAUGUUGGUAGAAGAUGAAGAAGUGCAACAUUGUGUGAAGUAGCAAAAAAGAAAAGAUCUGUCCCUAAAGAUAGUAUGCAUAAAGGUAAUAACUUCUCAAAUCUCAAAAAUAUUUUAUUAAACCGAAAAAACUCACAUACAAUAAACCAAGCAAACCCUGACUGUAGCUACCUAACUCAUAAAUACGAGUCAAUUGCAGCAGUCUACGCAAGGAGCACAAAUAAAAGGAAAAGGGAGUGAGAAAUAACACAUAAAAGUGUAAAUAGUGGAAAGAAUGAACUGAGCUGGCACUCUCCCCCUGAUGAGCCUCUAACUCAGGCGAAACGCGGGUCGGGAUUGACACUUACCCGAGAUUUAUUGAGGAUUGACACUUACCCGAGAUUUACUGUCAUUCCUGUUUUCUUGGUGCUUUUCCCUUUCGGUGAAUAUCUUUUACCGCCGGCUACAUUGUACAGUCGUUUGGGACUUCCAAAAUCUUGACGGUUGACCGCCGUCUUAGCGAAACAGGGAAAUCCAAUACCAAUCAGGGUUUUUUCUUCACGACUAAUUUGAAUCUGCAGUACUCUGAUAUUACAAGUGUCCUACUCUAUAUACAGGGAUUAGACUCAAAUCUUUACUCUAUACUACUUUACUAUACAAGGUGCCCACGAAGGCACUAUUCUUACUACUUUAUUCUUUACUAAUUACUUUCUAUAGUCCUACUGUCAUGUAUCAUACACAUGUGGGUUACUGAUUUUGCGAAACCUCAGUUCCCACUAUCAAUCAACAUGAGUAGUAAGCUUACGGUUUAAGGAUUUUAUAUCUGCCAGUACGACUAAUCCCACCACUAUUAGGCAGCCAAGUCAGCCCCUGUCUCCAGCUUUAAUGCGGACACUAGCAUUAGUGAGACAUAUAUGGCUUGCUGGCAAUUAGUUUGUGCUCUUUAGAAUUGAUUUUUUGGCUGAAUAGCCCUUUGGCAACCUGUUUAGCACAUUAGUUUACCAUAUCGCUACAUAUGUACCAUGUACUCUUGAUACAUCGGUGCACACUGUUAUUGAUAGUUGCGUGGAACAUACUAAGAGCUACAACAUUUAGUAUCAGACACGUGUCUGAUAUACUGCUGCAUUGACAUUCAUUGUUGCCAAUGCAGUGACUGUCUUAAAGGGCUUUUUUGAUACCUUUUGUCAAUUGAUCUUUUCUAAUAUAUGUGACAGUUUUAUACUGAGCUUUGGCCUAUUGUAUGAUUAACGAUACUAGUUUUCCGCAUGGUUAAGAUAUUAUCCAGUAGAUUUGAUAUUUCUUCAUUUACUACCAGAUAUUGACAUAUAUAAUUUUGUGCCAGCUCAGUUCGUUCUUUCCACUAUUUACACUUUUAUGUGUUAUUUCUCACUCCCUUUUCCUUUUAUUUGUGCUCCUUUACGUAGACUGCCGCAAUUGACUCGUAUUUAUGAGUUAGGUAGCUACAGUCAGGGUUUGCUUUGUUUAUUGUAUGUGAGUUUUUUCAGUUAAAUAAAAUAUUUUAGAGAUUUUAAAGUUAUUACCUUUAUGCAUACUAUCUUUUGGGACAGAUCUUUUCUUUUUCUUUUUAGCUACAAAUCUCAUUAGGGUUACCCCCUGUUCUGUUCCCUUGGACUUUUAGCCAACCACGCAUUAUCUAUUGUGUGAAGUAAUGUCAGGUUGGUGGUAGAAGAUGAGGUGGUGUAACACUGUGUGGAGUAAUGCCAGGUUGGUAGAAGAUGAAGAGAUGUAACAUUGUGUCAAAUAAUAUCAGGUUGGUAGAAGAUGAAGAGAUGUAACAUUGUGUGAAGUAAUGUCAGGUUGGUAGAAGAUGAGGAGGUGUAACACUGUGUGAAGUAAUAUCAGGUUGGUAGAAGAUGAAGAGAUGUAACACUGUGUGGAGUAAUGUCAGGUUGGUAGAAGAUGAGGAGGUGUAACAUUGUGUGAAGUAAUAUCAGGUUGGUAGAAGAUGAGGUGGUGUAACACUGUGUGAAGUAAUGUCAGGUUGGUGGUAGAAGAUGGGGUGGUGUAACAUUGUGUGAAGUAAUGUCUGGUUGGUGGUAGAAGAUGAAGAGAUGUAACAUUGUGUGAAAUAAUACCAGGUUGGUAGAAGAUGAAGAGGUGUAACACUGUGUGAAGUAAUGUCAGGUUGGUGGUAGAAGAUGAGGUGGUGUAACACUGUGUGAAGUAAUGUCAGGUUGGUAGAAGAUGAAGAGAUGUAACAUUGUGUGAAGUAAUGUCAGGCUGGUAGAAGAUGAAAAGGUGUAACAUUGUUUGAAGUAAUGUCAGGUUGGUAGACGAUGAGGAGGUGUAACAUUGUGUGAAGUAAUGUCAGGUUGGGGGUUGAAGAUGAAGAGGUGUAACAUUGUGUGAAGUAAUGUCAGGUUGGUAGAAGAUGAGGAGGUGUAACAUUGUGUGAAGUAAUAUCAUGUUGGUAGAAGAUGAGGAGGUGUAACAUUGUGUGAAGUAAUGUCAGGUUGGUAGACGAUGAGGAGGUGUAACAUUGUGUGAAGUAAUGUCAGGUUGGGGGUUGAAGAUGAAGAGGUGUAACAUUGUGUGAAGUAAUGUCAGGUUGGUAGAAGAUGAGGAGGUGUAACAUUGUGUGAAGUAAUAUCAUGUUGGUAGAAGAUGAGGAGGUGUAACAUUGUGUGAAGUAAUGUCAGGUUGGUAGACGAUGAGGAGGUGUAACAUUGUGUGAAGUAAUGUCAGGUUUGGGGUUGAAGAUGAAGAGGUGUAACAUUGUGUGAAGUAAUGUCAGGUUGGUAGAAGAUGAAAAGGUGUAACAUUGUGUGAAGUAAUGUCAGGUUGGUGGUAGAAGAUGAGGUGGUGUAACACUGUGUGGAGUAAUGUCAGGUUGGUAGAAGAUGAAGAGAUGUAACAUUGUGUGAAGUAAUGUCAGGCUGGUAGAAGAUGAAAAGGUGUAACAUUGUUUGAAGUAAUGUCAGGUUGGUAGAUGAUGAGGAGGUGUAACAUUGUGUGAAGUAAUGUCAGGUUUGGGGUUGAAGAUGAGGAGGUGUAACAUUGUGUGAAGUAAUGUCAGGUUGGUAGAAGAUGAGGAGGUGUAACAUUGUGUGAAGUAAUAUCAUGUUGGUAGAAGAUGAGGAGGUGUAACAUUGUGUGAAGUAAUGUCAGGUUGGUGGUAGAAGAUGAAGAGAUGUAACAUUGUGUGAAGUAAUGUCAGGUUGGUAGAAGAUGAAGAGGUGUAGACAUGUGCACCAGUGUAAUUUAUGUUUCUUACGAAUGAUUUCGUACUAAAUAAAAAUUUCAUUCGUCAAUCCCAAAUUUCAUCCACAAACUAUUCAUUUUCGAGUGAAAUUCAGUAAAAAAAUUAUUUUAGCAAGAAGUUUAGCAAUAGCUGCCCAGUCACUAGUAAUUUUAAGUGACAGAGAGCAGCCGCUGGCUGUUUAGGCAACAUGCCCCUACUCGCGGCUUACCGCGAGUAUGGGCAUGCGGGAAUAUUUAACCUCCCUUUUAUUAAUAUGUUGGUCAUAGUGACCCCCAUAGGUUUUAAUGCGGGGGGGGGGUGGAAUUAAUAUUUAUUACAAGGAGGGAGCUAGCAGCGCUGCCAGCACCCUCCUUGUUGUUUUUUUCGUGCAUGCGCACUGUUAUUUCUCCGUGCUGUGAGGGUUAGUACCCUUCAGCACGGAGUCUAUUAAAUAAACUAAAUGAAACGAAACGAAAAGGUAAUGCAUUUGCCCUUUCAUUUCGUUUGUAGGGCUUUCGUUUACGUUUUAGUAAACGAAUACGAAAAUCCUUGAAUUUUCAUAUGAAAUCGUAUUCAUACGAAAAUGAAUGCACAUGUCUAAAGAGAUGUAACACUGUGUGGAGUAAUGUGAAGUAAUGUUUUAAUAAUAUAUCAAUGUGGGGCCAUUUACUAAAGUCCGUAUGUCCUUGUACCAAAUAAGAAAAAAACAUUUGGUGUUUUACGGGGCCAUUUGGAUGGCAAAAUCCAGAUAUUGCUCACAGUGUUCAUCUAUGUCCAGAAUGAGCUUGAUUUUGGUGUGAAUUUCAGUGAUACAGAAUGCUACCAAAGAGCUAAAAUCUUUACCAGGGUUUUUGAAAUGAGAUCCCGGAUUCUAGAUCAGAACUAUUUACCUGAUUUCAGCGUCAGCAGUCAGUGAUUAAAUAAUAAAAAAAACAGAACUUUGUUGAAAGGAUUAAGGUCUCCAUUUUAUAUUUUUGAAUAAGUUUUCCAAAGGAUUUAAUGAUACAUUUUAGAUGAUGUUUUCAUAUUAAGAUUUUAAAUAUAACUAAAUAUAUAUAUAUAUCAUUACAAUAAAAUAUCAAUAUGUAAAAAAAUAUCAAAACAUUAAAAUAUUUUUAAAUAAGUAAUUGCAAAAGUUUAUCCAAAAAUAUUAAGUUCUGUGGCAGCUGACCCCUUGCUAGCCAUCCACUUCAUUUAAAAGUAAUAAACAAAAAUAAUAAAUAAAUAAAUAAAACAUUUUUAAAAAUCUAUGGGGUCAAUAUGACCCACAUUUCAGUACAGAGGAGGCCGAAAAAGCCUCCAUCAUACACUAUGCAUUGUGUCGUGGGUGCGGGCCUAUGUACUAUACAUUGAGCUCGAUGUAUUAACUCUAGCCCCUGUGCAUGAUAUAUCUAUCCUUCUUAGUAAAGACAUUUUUUAUUAUUGUUUUAUUAUCUAAUUUGUUUAAGAUAUUAAUUCAUGACUAUCUCAGCAGUUUUACAUUUCACAGACUAUCAGCCCCCCAAGAAGAGAAUAUAAAUGAGGGCGAGGAGUGAAGUAUUGCGUGGUAUAGUGGGAACAUAGAUCUAUAGUACAUCUAUAUAUGUUGAUUUAAUCCGUAAACACCCCAACAUUCAUUUAUCAGAACUGGGGAGCAAUAAAUGGGAGGGAUUGUAGCCCUCUCAACACGAUGCAUGGUUAGAUUGAAUAUUAGAUAAAAUAAGAACCAUCAAUUAUUAGUACAGGAUCUCAGAGAUAUUCUUUAAUAUGUCUUUGAAUUAAACACCAGUUUCAUUAUAGAAUGGAUCUAGCAGCCCUUGACGAUAUCGCUAAAUCCUUGGAGGGCAUUGAUCUGUCCAUAGGAUCUGUAGAUGGCAUUCAACUUCCUCAGAUCACAUGUGAUGCGUGGGACAUCAUACAAAAUUUCCAAGCUCGUGAAGAUGACAUCUUGGUGGCAACUUACCCUAAAGCAGGUGAGUAAGACUUUGAGCAUUCCAUUUAUAGAUUUAGGAUUUCAAGAAAUAAAUCAUAUCAAGCAAUAAACAUUUCUUUAAAAAUCUAAUGUAAUUUACAUUUACUACAAGAAUAAAAAUGUUUAAAAUGGGGGUUCCAAGCCACAACUCUUUAGAAGAAGUUAGACCUUUCUGAGUUCUGUUCUGUAACAUACAUUUGAUGAGGAAGUAUUUUUGGAACGAGGAGGCGUGGCCAAGGAGGCCGUCUUAUGGCACAACUGUCUGCAAAACAUUUAUUUAUCGCUGUGCGAAUACUAUACAGAGUGGGGCAUGCAAAAACACAGCAAUAAUGAGGUUCAAAAUCCAUCAAAUGCAUUAAAGUUGUGUUGGUGCCCAGAGUGUCCCUUUAAUAAUACCAUAACUGAUGGCAAAAAUACAAUCAUUUGUUCAGGAUAAAAAUCACUACUUAAAGAUUUUUACAAAGUUUGUGAGACUUGGUUUGUAAGGUGAUAGAAUGUGUACAUAAAGGACCAGCAGUAGCUCUGUAUCAGUUCGUCCAGGCCUUUGGCUACUGCACUCUCUGAUUCAGGAUACAGGUACGGAGUCAUAGAAGGACACCAAAUGAGCUGAUUGGUCCACAGGUGAUAUACAGAAUGCCUUGUCUGUGCCUUUUCCCCUGAGCGUUCUCUAGGCUGGCAUACUAAACCAAUGUACCCCCCUUCCCCCCCUCCCCCCCUCCGCAGUGCUAAUUAAACAGAAAUAAAUGGGUUACUACCGCCUGUGGUUGCUUCUUCCUAGUUGUGCCCAGUCCUAGAGUGAUUAUAGCUGCGAGCCAGUAAUUAUAGACGCUUGCAAAAGGGCAAUUGUAGUAUCAGCCAAACACUAGUCGAGACUUAGUGAUGGGUAAUGAAGAACUGUUUAUUAUAGGCAAGAUACAUGGUAUUUAUGCACCGACCGUGGCAGGUUGUCUCAAUUUACAGCAAUACAAAACAUAAGCCCACCCCGGCGUCGCUGUGUCUGGGAGAUAAUGGUAAUGGUAUCUCCCGAACACAGGGAGCCAAACACACACACAAAAAAAAAAAAAAUACACAUCAUACAGUAAUGUACCCCACAUGCCAUACAUCCCCAAAUAGCUCCUGGUCCCAGCUAUGAUCCCUGUAAAUUGUGGAGCUAUCGGAUGUACAGAGCCCAAGAAAUCAUCGGACAAAGUCUGGGCUUGAGGCUUUGUACAUACCCGAAAAUAGCUCCACAGAAUCGCUUGUUUUCGGCCGGUGGAUUCAAAUCUCACGCCUAAUCCACACAACGGCCAAUCAGGAGUAAGGGCGUGAACCAAUUUGCACCAAUCAGCACUUAGGGAGGAGAGGUGUGUCGCCAGCCAAUUGGGAGAAAGGGCGCAAAACCAGUGUGAAUGGUAGCACUUCUCCCAUUGGUCGGCACGGGUUUCCAGACGGCCAGCGGGACCCUGCGGCUGUGAAGCCAUGUCAUAGUUCCAUGGGACUUGGGUCUCUCUCCAGUGGAUAUCUCCACGUGGGUAGCACUGGAGAGAGCGCUUUUUGGCGGUUAGCCCGUCACAAAGAGUAUGAAAACAUGUGAAAAUUAAAUGUGGUUCCAACAUUUCUCUGCGUAACCCAAUGAUAAACCGUAUCCAUUCAAAUCUUUCAUAGCGGCUCAGAAUACCCCGUUAGAUCUGUAAAACAAACUGUUUUUCUUUUGCACAAGAACAUUUAGAAUUAAGGAGAAUACAGACUUGUUUCCUUGGCAGAACGACAUGCAAGAACGCUGUUACUAAUUGUUAUUUUGAUUAUCUUGAUACAAAGAAGGUAUUUUCGUACUAUUUUUGCAUAUUUUGCUCUGGGCAAAAAAUGAUUUGGAUAUAGAGCUGAUGUCACUAGCAAUGACUAGAUUUUGCAAUGCAAGGUUUGUAGACUAGGCUCCCCACAAUGCUUUGCCAGCCUCUGAGGAAGAGGAGCAAUAUGGGAAAUGUAACAAACAUUUUCAGAAACAAUAUGAGCAUUGCUGCCCUAUUAUCUUCAUGACACAGCUGAGCUGGCACACAGCACACAUUGCUACUAAUUAACCAGAAUCAUUUCACAACAGAGCAAAGUAUCUCUGAUAAGAGACGCCGAUCUGGGAGUAAAAGUACCAUAAACACAUCUCAACUGAGCUGAAGAUAAUUGGUAUAUUUUAAGAACAUAUUAUCGCGCAGUCACAGAGAGGAUAAAGGGUAAACACAAUCAUGUCACAUUUUACUUAUAUCCAUAAACAAGCUUUUACGAUUUUUGUCUUUGUUUGCUUUGAAGGACAAUUUUGAUAUUAUUACCAAUACGAUUAGACACAACCCUUUAUAACAUAAGGAUUACACGAGAGCUGUUUAGGGAAUAUAGCAGAGCCGGGCAUUAAACCCUUCACUAGCCGCUAACAAGCAAUAAAGUUUCACCAACAAAACUUGCUGCAGGUAGGAGUAGAGAGGAAGCAACCUUGUAUGGUCCCUCCGCAGAGAUGCAGAGGGACAGAACGGCAGAGAUGUGUUUCUCUGCAUGUUGAAAAACAAUUCUGGCGCAAAUAGUAAAUUAUGUGAAGCUUCAUGGUCUAAAUUCCAUGUUUCAUUAGCAAAACAAUACUUAUCACAUUUAUGCAUAUUGCUGGAAGGAACGAUGUUUCAUUGACAUUAAAGUGUAACUAUCCGAGUGCACACAGUGUAGCACACAUUACAAGACAAUCUGCAUAAAAUAUACAAUAGGAGAAUAGUGAGCACAAAGCCAUCACAAACAGCGCUAUAAAUGCUGUUAAAAGAACACUGUAGUCACUUAAAUUACUUUAGCUAAAUAAAGCAGUUUUAGUGUAUAGAUCAUUCCCCUGCAAUUUCACUGCUCAAUUCACUGUCAUUUAGGAGUUAAAUCACUUUGUUUCUGUUUAUGCAGCCCUAGCCACACCUCCCCUGGCUAUGAUUGACAGAGCCUGCAUUAAAAAAAAACUGGUUUCACUUUCAAACAGAUGUAAUUUACCUUAAAUAAUUGUAUCUCAAUCUCUAAAUUGAACUUUAAUCACAUACAGGAGGCUCUUGCAGGGUCUAGCAAGCUAUUAACAUAGGAGGGGAUAAGAAAAUCUUAAUUAAACAGAACUUGCAAUAAAGAAAGCCUAAAUAGGGCUCUCUUUACAGGAAGUUUUUAUGGAAGGCUGUGCAAGUCACAUGCAGGGAGGUGUGACUGGGGUUCAUAAACAAAGGGAUCUAACUCCUAAAUGGCAGAGGAUUGAGCAGUGAGGCUGCAGGGGCAUGUUCUAUGCACCAAGACUGCUUCAUUAAGCUAAAGUUGUUCAGGUGACUAUAGUGUCCCUUUAAGCUAAAACAAAUAAAUCUCUGUCUCAGAUUCGAACAAACCUUCGCUACAAGCAUUCACCCUUCUUACCUGCCCAACUCUGACUGGUCCGCUACUAGAUAUAGAAACGCAUCAUUAUUUAUCAGAAUCGUGUCCCGUAAUACAGAGAGACAACAGAUGUGAUACGUAUACCAUAUGUGCAAUUUAUUAUCCUGGCCCACAAGAGUUGUGAAAUUGAUUUAUCAAUCUCUGUGCACCGUGAAAUAUUAGGGAUGUGUUUGUUAGAGGAAGAUAUGGCAAUAUGUUGUUAAGUUUUUCCAAUGCAGAAACCAAUCAGUUCUUAUCAAUAGAUACACAGAAUGUUUAAUAAACCCGAUGUAUUAUCGCCAUCUAAUUGAUCAAUUUGUAGAUAAUCAGAUAGAAUGAAACAAAUAUGUCAUUACUUGGGGUCUGUUUGUAGGGACCACAUGGGCUCAUGAGAUCGUGGAUCUGAUCCUUCUAGAGGGCGACACAAAGAAAGCCCAGCGGGCACCGUGCUUUAUCAAAGUGCCAUUCAUCGACCUGGUUCUUCCAAAGCCAGCGAAGUCAGGUAAAAACACAGAGAAAAGAUACUGUAUUUAUAGUAUAACAGGGAAUAAUGAUACCUUUCAUUUUAGCUGUGGAGGUUGCCAAUGAAAUGGAAUCACCGCGUUUACUAAAAACUCACCUCCCGAUACAGCUGGUACCACCCUCCUUCUGGGAAAAAAAUGCAAAGGUAAAACUCCUCCCUAUAACUCCUUCUGUUACUCCAUAUAACCCUCCCUAUAACUCCUCCUAUUACUCCAUAUAACCCUCUCUAUAACUCCUCCUAUUACUCCAUAUAACCCUCCCUAUAACUCCUCCUAUUACUCCAUAUAACCCUCCCUAUAACUCCUCCUAUUACUCCAUAUAACCUCCCUAUAACUCCUCGUAUUACUCCAUAUUACCCUCCCUAUAACUCCUCCUAUUACUCCAUAUUACCCUCCAUAUAACUCCUACUAUUACUCCCUAUAACCCCUCCUCUUUCGCCAUUUCCCGUGCAGGUUGAUCAUGUUAUAUAGUAUAAUGCAGUCAUAUUUCUCCUCCUGCAGGUCGUAUACGUUGCAAGGAAUGCCAAGGACUGUAUGGUUUCCUACUAUUACUUCCAGAAGAUGAAUAAAGGUCUCCCAGACCCUGGGACCUGGGAUAAUUACUUCUCAUCUUUCCUGUCUGGAGAAGGUGAGUCACUUGAAACAUUGGGACUUUCAUGGUAUUAUCUAAAUGAGAAUAAGUAAGGUUGAAAUCAAUUGGUUGCAUAUCUCUGACUAUGUAGAUCGAGUCAGUGGUGACAUUGGUUAUAUAAUGUUAUUUAUUUAUCCUAGUUCCCUGGGGAAGCUGGAGUCAUUGUUUGACCAUGUAGAUAAAGUCAGUGGUGGCAUUGGGUCAAGUAAUGAUCUUUCUUUCUUAUAGUUCUCUGGGGAAGCUGGUUUGACCAUGUAGAUAAAGUCAGUGGUGGCAUUGGCCAUAUAAUGUUAUUUCUUUCUCCUAGUUCCCUGGGGAAGCUGGUUUGACCAUGUGAUUGGCUGGUGGAAGGCGAGAGACAAACAUCAGAUACUUUAUAUCUUCUAUGAGGACAUGAUCGAGGUAUAGAUGGCAAUGCUAGCGAUGGGAGAGAUAAGUAUUUUAUCAGCUAUUAACUCUUUCAUUUCGUUGGACAGGACCCAUUGAGGGAGAUCCGUAAAAUAACGAGAUUCCUUGGGAAGAAUCUUUCAGAGGAGGUAUUAGAGAAGAUCAAAGAACAAACUUCAUUCAAGGCAAUGAAAGAGAACCCUAUGGCCAAUUAUUCUGCUUUUCCAUCUUCGUUGAUGGAUCAGACUAUCUCUCCCUUCAUGAGGAAAGGUGGGUGGUGGUCAUGUAGAAGGUAGCUCCAAAGAUACUGGGCUUAUUUCUUGCCCAAUCAUUGGAUCUUCUGUAUUUAUUGUACAUUGCUUACUAAAAAUAUAAGAAUGUGUCAAUAGUGAUACUGUAAUCAUCUUUGUAAAAGGAAUGGUUAUUGCCAAUGUAGUGAUUAUUGUGUAUGAGCUGCGGGUGCUGUGUCCCAGUUUUGACAGAAAUCAGGAUUCCUUAAAGCCCCAAUAGCUGUAUUACUCCCACAUUAGUAAUUUAGCCAUUUCUAAGUUUAUAUAUAGAAUAUAAACUGCAGGGAGUGUCGGGAUUAAACUCAUAUUUACCAGAGCCCAAUCACCUCCGGCUCUGGGUUUGAUCAAGUGCAGCUUGAGAGGGAUUCUUUCCACAACUGGAUUGAUAUUUUCAACUCUCAGGUGUGUUCAGCCAGACGGAUUCUUCUAUAUAAGUAAGAGACAAGCAGAGAGGCCAGGACCCCAAUUGAACAGUAUCCAAAUCUUUAUUAUAUUAAAAAAGGUUAAAAACUCUUACUUAAAUUGUGUUGGGUAUUGCCAGCAAGUUAACCACAACAGAGCAUGUAAAACAAGCAGGCGCCAAUGUUCAACGAUCACGUCCCCUGUUCCGCUGUAACUCGACCAUGUGUGGCUUCCAGGUCCCCCUCUUGGUGACGCAAUGCCUUAGCCCUCCUUCUCCGGCUUUCAAGUUGAAUCGCCUUCUCUGUCAUCUAAUUGAUCCAUGGGUGCGGGAGGCUAUUUUCAGGAAUAAUCAUCAUUAUCAUGUGUCUCAAGUCUCAAAUUGUCCUUAGAAAUUCAUAGACAAAGUUAAAUCUCUGUGAACUGCAAAAACAAUACCUAAAAUCACAAAAAUAAAAAGGAAAGACGCGUAGGAGAAAAAAGCGGUUUGUUUUAGCAGAGGAUCCCAUUUGACAGCAGAUUAUACCCUUUUCCAUGUAUUUUUGUGUUUAUUGUUAUGGUUUGAUUUAGGUGAUAAUCCCCUGUCAAUAUAUUCAAGAAUGUUGGUCUCUGAAUGAGGCUUUAUCAGAAGGUUUAAUUUCUAAUUUACAUGUUAUCACGGAUUUAAUCUAAAUAUAAAAUAUACUGUUUACAUAUUGAUGAAUAGUUUGUUCAAUUUAGAUUUAUUUUUUAGUUAAUAUUUACUAUUUUAUCAUUCUAUUUUAGAUAACUGUGGAUUCUGUGUAUGUUUUUCUAUAUAAUGAUCUGUUUUGAAAUAUAUAGCUGAUUUUUGUAAUAAUUCUUCAAUAAUAUGCCAGCUUUCUCUACGGUUAGUUUGAGAAAAGCACAAUUUAGGCGAUAAUCCCUCUUUAGUAUUCUCAUAGUUAUGAUAAAUUCUAAAAUAUAUUUAAUAGAUUAAUUUUAUUUUAGAGAUGCAGAUUUGUUCAUGUGAUUCACUUUUAUAUGAGAAACUCCUAUAAAUAUAUUUACUUUUCUUAUUUAGUACUUGAUCAAGAAAAUUGUAUUUUAGGCGAUAAACAUGCCUAGGGUUAAGAUGAAUUUUAAUAUAAAUUAUGUAAUUCAUGUCUGUAUAUGUAAUAAUGUGAUCAUUUUUUAUUUACAAGUUGAUCAAAAAACACCAUUUAGACAAUAAUCCUUUAGAAGCAGACUUAUAGUGACGCUGAACAUUAUUUUAUAUUCCCGUGAUGUAUACUUUAGAGAUGUGGAUCCCUCCAUGUCAGGGGUUCCCAACCCAGUCCUCAGCCACCCCACCAGUCCAGGAUUUAGGGAUUACCCUGUUUUUUGUUUUUCUUUUCUAAAAACACCUUAGACACAACAGUGUAAUCCCGAAAUCCUGGACUGUUAGAGGGUACUUGAGGACUGGGUUGGGAACCACUGCUCUAGGUGGUUUAACUUUGUAUAUGAACUGCUAAGGACAAUCUGAGACUUGGGACACAUGAUAAUCAUGAUUGUUCCUGAAGGGGUCUAGAAAAAACUGCUGCACCCAUGGAUCAAUUAGAUGAUAGAGGAGGGGGUUCAUACAACGUAAAAGCCAGAGAAGGAGAUCGUGAUGUUGUUAGAUGAAGCCCAAGAAGAUGGGAGAAACAAGUCACAAAGUGCGUCACUAAGAGGGGGACCAGGAAGCUGCUAGCGGUCGAGUUACAAUGGAACCCGGACAUAAUCGUUGAACAUUGGCGUCUGCUUGUUUUACAGUCUCUGUUGUGGGUACCUUGCUGGCAAUACUCACCACAAUUUAAGAGUUUUUAACCUUUUUUAAUAUAAUAAAGAUUUGGAUACUGUUUCAUUGGCUGGCUGAACACACCUGAGAAAAUAUCUAUCCUUUUGUGGGAAGAAUCCAUCUCACGUUGCACUUGUUCAAACCCAGAGCCAGAGGUGAUUGGGCUCUGAUAAAUGUGAGUUUAAUCCCAGACACUCCCUGCACUUUAUAUUGUGUGUGUGUGUGUGUGUGUAUAAGCUUAACCAGAUGUUCUGCACUAUAGGUGUUUAUUUCAUUAUUUUCAGAACAACAUUGGAAGAUACUAUGUUUUACACAAUUUAAGUGCUCUGUUUAUUAGUCUGCUAACUUUGUGUGUCAUUUGUUGGUCACUGUUGGUGAGUUGUAAUUGUGUGGAGUUGUGCACUAUUUAUAAUUUUGGUAUUCUUAAGCGCUUUACACUUUUGGUUUCUGUUAUAAUUUUCAUUUAUUUUUAACUUUAACGAAAAAGCGGUAGCAAUUACACCCUCAAAAACAACAGUUAAAGGGAAAUACAACAAAAAUUAAUUGCAGGCACGUUCUAUUCUAUUUCAUUUUCAAUGUCUUAAUAUUCUUCAAAGGGUGAUAGUAACAGCCCCCUCUGUUCCAGGCACUGUGGGGGACUGGAAGAAUCACUUCUUGAUGUCGCAAAAUAUUGUUUUUGAAGAGGAAUACAAGCAGAAGAUGGAUGGUGCUGGCUUGAUAUUCCGUGACCUUCUGCUAUAA